GGUAUUGCUAAAACCCCACCGGCAGCCAUAUAUGAAUUUAAACACAAAAUAAAUUGAUUUCGCACUGUUUUCAUAAACAGGGUUGUUAGGAAUAAGCAUAUUUGCAAAAUCGUGGUUUUAUAUCAUUACAAAAAUAUUUAAAGAAAGGAGAUCGAUUUAAUCAACUUUUUUAAUAUAAUUCUCAUGCAGUUGGCUGCGCCUUGAUCGAAGUCAGACAAACAUGGCUUCGGAGCCUUGUGUAUUGUUUUGGAUCCUUGUGUUGCAUGUUCAGAUAUUUGUAGUCAUCGGAAAUCCAAGAGUCCCAUGUUUAUUCAUAUUUGGUGACUCGUUGGUUGAUAAUGGCAACAACAAUGAUCUUGAGACGCAAGCAAAAGCAAAUUACAAGCCUUAUGGGAUUGAUUUUCCUGAAGGUGUUAGCGGUAGAUUCACCAAUGGUCGAACCAUUGCAGAUAUGAUAGGUCAUCUUCUAGGUUUUAAAAAUUUUGUACCACCUCAUGCCACCGUAAAAGAUGAAGAGAUCAGCACAGGGGUAAACUAUGGCAGUGGUAGUGCUGGUAUUCGUGAUGAAUCUGGAAGGCAUUUGGGUGAUCGUCUCAGUUUGGCUACACAGAUACGUAAUCACAAAGCAAUAAUUACACGCAUUACGAAUUUACAGAACAACAAGACACUUACCGAUGGACACUUGAAAAGAUGUAUUUACUUAUCAAAUAUUGGAAGCAAUGAUUACAUCAACAACUUCUUGAUACCUGAGCUAUAUCCUGAAUGCCACAAAUAUAGCAGCGAUGAAUAUGCAGCAAUCCUUGUACGACAAUACUCUCAACACCUAACUACUCUGUACAAUAUGGGAGCGAGGAAAGUUGCAGUAUUCGGUUUGGGUCAGAUAGGGUGUGCAUUAGAAGUAAUAGCAAGGUUUGGAACCCCCGGAAGUUCUUCGUGUGUUGAUUUGAUCAAUGACUCAGUUAACAUAUUUAAUGGUAGACUCAAACCUGCUGUUGAUAAGCUCAACAAUGAUUUUCCUGAUUCAAGAUUCACUUUCAUCAACGUUACAAGCAUUUUAGCACCACAAGGAGGUGUACAGUUUCCAAAUAUUCCUUGUUGUAAAGUAAGGCCAGAUGGACAAUGUAUUCCAGACACAGACCCUUGCCCGAAUAGGGGGCUAUCUGUUUACUAUGAUGGUUUUCAUCCCACGGAAGUUGCGAACACAGUACUUGCAACAAGAUCAUACACUGCGCUCUCUGCUUUGGAUGCGUCUCCUUAUGAUAUUGCUCAUUUGUCUCAAGUGGCUGAUGAUUAAAGGGGAUUCAACGAUACCAAUCUGUUUAGAAUUUUUAUUUUUAUUUUAUGCAUGACGUAUAAAUAUAUAGCAAUAAUCAUGACGAUAGUAACAUUCUAUUGUAUCUGGUGUUCAUUUAGAUAAUUAGAUUUAGA